GAUUGAGAGUGAUAAGAUAUUCCUGUAUCUGGAAAAACACCCACUUUUCUUGCAUCUCUUUUACAAGCUAUAACAGCAGCAACAGCAAUAGCAUAGCAGCGUGGCGUCAUUGACGACGACGAUGACAACAGUAGUACCCUCUCAUUUCCAGUCCCUUGGGCUUCCCAAACAGUUCCCUGUUAGAAGCUACUGCAGUCGUGCUCUUACAUGUCAAAACGCUACAAGGAUUGUUGAGUUCUGCAACACACAACGCAAGCUGUUUACGAGUCCGCAUAAGACGGGUCAUGCUCGUUUAUCCAGGCUGAUAUAUGCAGCUGGUUCAGGUUUAGAGGCAUCUAUUGCAGAUGUAGAAGGCAAUCUCAUAACAUUGAAAACCGCCAAGAUUGUCAUAGAGUCCCAAGAAGAUAAUAAGAUACAAGUUAGAGUAGACUUGACUGGGGAUGACACAGAAAAAGUUUUUGAUAAGGUUUUGACAAACUUGGCACGCACAGCACCACCAGUUCCGGGAUUUCGCAGACAAAAAGGAGGAAAAACAUCAAAGGUCCCAAAAAGCUUUCUCUUGGAUAUACUUGGUAAGGAGCGUGUCACAAAGUUUGUCAUACAAGAAAUAAUAAGCUCUACCAUGGGUGAUUAUGUAAAGAAGGAAAACUUGAAUGUGAAGGAAAACAAAAUCAACACUACUCAAACAGCAGAAGAACUCAAACUCUUGUUUAAACCAGGAACUGAAUUUGGAUUCAAUGCUAUCCUUGAGCUCGAAAAUUCAGAAAUUGAGACACCAAGUUGAAUCUCUCGAAGGAUGUUUAGAGUGUGCUUGUGUUUCAUAAAUAAAUAAAAACAAAACUGAAGUUUUAAGAAGAAAUUUUUUUUCUAUCCUCAAUUAUUUUGAAGUGUUUAAUCAGUAUAUCUUUUCUGGGUACACUA